GAUUUUCCCUGCAGGUGAUUCGGAAACUCCAGGAUGCGUCUGGAAGAACCCAAAAGGCUGCAGCAUACCUUAGAACAAGUUAGUGAUGACGAAUAUUUACUUGAAAGCCAUCAGAUUGCUAUGGAUGUGGAGAAUAAUAUCGAAAAAUAUCCUAUCAACUUGCAGCCCCUGGAAUCAAAAGUGAAAAUUAUUCAGCGAGCAUGGCGCAAAUAUCUGCAGCAUCAGGAUUUGCUGCACUUGGAGAAGCGCAGUCCAUCACCACCUUCCUUGUCAUCUGACAAAAUGAGCAGUUCGAUCAGCAUGAACGCUUUUUCCGAUGGCAGCACUCCUGAUUACCGCGAGGAUGGGAUGGAUUUAGGAAGCGACGCGUGCAGCAGCCGCUCCAGCUCCGAGUCCAGCUCCAGCAAAGUCACCCCUUGCUCGGAGUGCAAAUCCUCCCCCUCCCCCAGCAGCCUGGACUUGGCGGCCCUGGAGGACUCGGAGGAGGAGGAGGAGGAUUACCUGGGGUACGGCAGGAAGGGCACUGCCGCGUGGGAGGAGGACGGGCUCUGCACCGCCGGCUGCGAUGCCAAGGCUGCCAGGCGAAGGAGUUUGGCGGAGGAGCUGGAGGAUGUGAGAAGCACCAGCGCCUCCAACACCAUGCCGCCCCCCGCCCCCAACGGCAACCCCCCGCCCCAGGACCUCGGGCAGAACGGCAACGUGGCGCCCCCCAGCCGCAGGACGGGACACCGCGGGGCAGGAGGGCGCAAAGCCCAUGCCCAGAAAGCCCAGCCGGCUGUGGGGAGGCUCCGCGGUGGAGGGAGGGUCGCCCCCGGGCACCCCUUGGACAGCUCCACGGGGGGCAUUUGGCUGCAAGAGCAGGAGCCUCAGCUCCCGAUUAUGGACUGGGAGGCUCUGGAGAAACACCUGGCAGGGUUACAGUUUCAGGAACAGGAGGUACGAAACCAGAGCCAGAAAACAAACUACACCUCAGCUCAGAAAAAUGAGAGAGAAUCUAUCAGGCAGAAAUUGGCACUUGGAAGUUUCUUUGAUGAUGGCCCAGGAAUUUAUACCAGCUGUAGCAGAAGUGGCAAGCCAAGCCUUUCUUCUCGGCUACAAAGUGGGAUGAACCUGCAGAUUUGUUUUGUAAAUGACAGUGGUAGUGACAAGGAUAGCGAUGCCGAUGACAGCAAGACUGAAACAAGCUUGGAUACGCCUUUGUCUCCAAUGAGCAAGCAAAGUUCCUCCUACUCUGAUAGAGACACUACUGAAGAAGAAUCUGAAUCCCUAGAUGACAUGGAUUUUCUCACUAGACAAAAGAAACUGCAAGCUGAAGCCAAAAUGGCUUUGGCUAUGGCAAAACCAAUGGCCAAAAUGCAAGUGGAGGUGGAAAAGCAGAACAGGAAAAAAUCCCCUGUAGCUGAUCUUCUGCCACAUAUGCCUCAUAUAAGUGAAUGCUUGAUGAAAAGAAGUUUAAAACCCACUGACCUGAGAGAUAUGACUAUUGGGCAGCUACAAGUGAUAGUCAAUGAUCUCCACUCACAAAUAGAAAGCUUGAAUGAGGAAUUGGUGCAGCUGCUUCUUAUUCGAGAUGAAUUGCACACAGAGCAAGAUGCAAUGCUGGUAGACAUUGAAGACUUGACCAGACAUGCUGAAAGUCAGCAGAAGCACAUGGCAGAGAAAAUGCCAGCAAAAUAAAGCAAGAAGCCAUCGGUAUAAGCGAGCAUUUAUUUUGCUUCUAUGGUUGUACAAAUGUGGAUGCUUAAGGUGGCGCACAAGAAAAGGAGAGUUAGUCAUUGAUAAUGUCUGAAGCUUUAUGUCCAGUGAUUGGCCUCUGCUCCUUAAUUUAUUUUAAUUUUUUACUUGUGCCACUAAAUAUCAGGCAUUUUAGUAAUAUUAUUACAAAGAUGUACAGUACUUAUAACAUUGCAAACCAUGGAUAAGAAGAAAAGGUAGUUUACCUUUAUUUUUGUUUGUUUAGAGAUUUUAAGUUGAACAGUAUUUUACCAUUGACUACUUUUUAUUCUUCACUGUAGUUUUAAACAAAGAAACUGUAAUUGACGGUGCUAUACAAGUGAGAAAAAAACAAAACAAAACAAAAAAAAUGCCUGCCUUGUAGUGAAAUUGUAGCGUUCAGUAAUAAUGUAUAUUUUAAUCAGUUUUCAACAUUUUGUGAAUGUUGACUACUUGACAUUCAUUUUUAGAUGUGCUAUUAACAUUCAGUUGGAUUCAGAGAGUUAACUUGAAAGUUUUAUGUAUAAAUAUAUAAAAUAAAAUUUUAAAAUUUUGUUUCAUAUGAUGUCUUUUUGUUGACUAGUGGUUGACUUAGGUGUUGCACCAGUAAUAUAGUCAUCCUACUAAAUGUGCAAUUCCUAAUUUCUCAUCACCAGAAAGAGCCUUUUUUGCAUAUUGCAUUUUACAAAAAAAACAGAGAGAGAAAGGAGACAGGACCAGAUUUUUGUAGAUCUAUUUAUUUGUAAGUUCAUAAAGUACAUGUGAUAUGGACUUAGGAUAUUCUUAUAUAUAGUAUUCACUGGGCAUCCUAAUAUCAUGACUGUUGUUAGAAUCAGCAGGCACAUGCAUAGAUGUUUUUAUAUUUUAAUGUCUGUGGCUAAAUAUUCAAAUAACUCACCAACUGUCAAAAAUAUAAAUGUGUCAAAAUCUUAACACACUAAAUGUAUCAUGUAUGGUAAUUAACCACUUCACUACCUUUUGGCUGAGAUCACAGUGUCUUCAUCAGUUUA